GACACAGCUGUGGUGUCUGGGCACUGCUCGCAGCAGGGCAGCGGAAGGCAUGGCCACCGCGGCGGCGUCGGUGGCCCGUGGGGCUGGGGCGAGGGCGGCGGCGGCCCUGCUGAGCGGCUGCGGGACUGCAGCCCGGGGGUGGCCGCGCGCGGGCCCCGCACGGCCCUUGUGCACGGCACCUGGGACGGCCCCGGACAUGAAAGGCUACCUGUGGGAGCGCUACCGGGAGGCAAAAAGGAGCUCGGAAGACUUGGUUCCUUCAAUUAUGAACAACUUGUUAAAUCCGGAUGCCAUUUUCUCAAACAAUGAGAUGAGCCUGUCGGACAUUGAAAUCUACGGCUUUGAUUAUGAUUAUACGUUGGUGUUUUAUUCAAAGCACCUCCACACGCUGAUAUUUAAUGCUGCUCGGGAUCUUCUCAUCAAUGAACACCGGUAUCCAGUGGAAAUCAGGAAGUAUGAGUAUGACCCAAAUUUUGCAAUUCGUGGACUUCAUUAUGACGUGCAGCGGGCAGUUUUGAUGAAGAUCGAUGCUUUUCAUUACAUCCAGUUGGGAACCGUCUACAGAGGCCUCAGCGUUGUCCCUGAUGAAGAAGUCAUUGAAAUGUACGAGGGGUCCCACGUGCCUUUGGAACAGAUGAGUGACUUUUAUGGAAAGAGCUCUCAUGGAAACACCAUGAAGCAGUUCAUGGACAUCUUUUCUCUGCCAGAGAUGUCACUUCUGUCCUGUGUGAACGAGUACUUUCUCAAGAACAACAUUGACUAUGAGCCCGUCCAUCUGUACAAAGACGUUAAGGAUUCAAUUCGAGAUGUGCACAUCAAAGGAAUCAUGUACAGAGCAAUUGAAGCAGAUAUUGAAAAGUAUAUCUGCUACGCUGAGCAGACCCGCGCGGUGCUGGCCAAACUGGCCGAUCAUGGCAAGAAGAUGUUUCUCAUCACCAACAGUCCCAGUAGCUUCGUGGACAAAGGGAUGAGGUAUAUUGUCGGAAAAGACUGGAGGGACCUGUUUGAUGUGGUCAUCGUUCAGGCCGAGAAGCCAAACUUCUUUAACGAUAAGCGGAGACCUUUCCGAAAGGUGAAUGAGAAAGGUGUCUUACUCUGGGAUAAGAUCCACAAGUUGCAGAAAGGCCAGAUUUACAAGCAGGGCAAUUUAUAUGAAUUUUUGAAACUUACUGGGUGGAGAGGAUCCAAAGUGUUGUAUUUUGGCGACCACAUAUACAGCGACCUGGCGGAUUUGACCCUGAAGCAUGGCUGGCGAACCGGUGCGAUUAUCCCAGAGUUAAGAUCUGAGCUCAAAAUCAUGAACACAGAGCAGUACAUCCAAACCAUGACGUGGCUGCAGACCCUGACCGGGUUAUUGGAGCAGAUGCAGGUUCACAGAGAUGUGGAGUCACAGCUGGUGUUGCAGGAGUGGAAAAAGGAAAGAAAGGAGAUGAGAGAAAUGACCAAAAAUUUCUUCAACACCCAGUUUGGAAGCUUGUUCCGCACAGACCAGAACCCGACCUACUUCCUGAGGCGCCUGUCACGCUUUGCUGACAUCUACAUGGCGUCCCUGAGCUGCCUGCUGAACUACGACGUCAGCCACACAUUCUACCCCCGGAGGACUCCGCUGCAGCACGAGCUCCCCGCGUGGUCGGACCGGGCCCCAGGCCCGCGGCUCCCGCUCCUCUGCGAGGCCCAGGCCGAGUGAGGGCCCAGCGCGCGGCCGCCGGGACGCCCCAACCGGCCGGACCUGGGGGCGGCCUGCGCGCAAAGGGGGGCUGCUUUCCGGAGAGACACAGCACGCCUUUCGGUACUGGUUUCCUACCUUACGGACACCGCUCGCCCAGUUGCCAGGACAGAAGCCAGCGGCGAAGCCAGCGGCGCGGCGGCCCGGCCUUUGCGUUCGCGGUACUGGCUGCGCUGCGAAUGGAGACUGUUUCCUGCGCUCCUAUCCCGGCAUCGGUUUCUCGGGGCCCCUGCUGCCAUCUCAGUUCCAGCAGCUGAAGUGCUGAAACGUUGACUUCUCAGUGGGAAACGGGCUGAAUAUCGGCAGGCAGCACGUUGGGAGCCGCAGAGGCCCCGUGACCUGCGACAAACUGCUCGCCGGAAGCUGCCGGGUGGGUCCGCUCUGCGGAGCGACGUGGCGGGUGGUGACCGAACCACAGCCACCUCCCAGGUCACGCAGCACGAGGGCCUUGCAUCCUGGUGCCUCGUCUGGAGGGAGACCCGGCCUCCCUGCAACGUCUUCUGUGAGAGAACAGGAGAACGUGCGAGCCCUGGGCCCGUGCUCGUCCCGUGUCGGCUUGCCGUGUCUUGCUCCACGCAGCGGAGGCCACGCGGUGCCACCGGUGGUGUGCGGCUUCAGUCCUCCCCCAGGGCAGGAGGGCAGGGACAGAAGAGCUUCUGGUUUACUCCUGCCGGCAGGACAGACUGUGCGAUCCGGCUUUGAGGACGCCGUGACUUUGUCAUGGGCCUUGCAGGAGUUCACCACUGAAAACGCCAACCCAGGCAUUGGUUUGGUGUGCCUACUGGAGGGCAGAAAGUGACACAGGCAGAGAAAUGUCCUUGAAAUGCUACGCCGUGACCCCUGCUGGGUUGUGUUGGCAUCUUGUUAAAACGUACGCGUUAACCAGCAGGGGGGGAUGAGGGGGCCCUGUCACUGCGUAGCACCCCCAGUCCUCUCCUCCCCUUACAUUUCCUCCCUGCCAUGUUUGUGUGGCUGUUUGGGGGAGCCGGGUGGUUUUCUUGAGGUGGCUGUGCUUAAGGUGGGAGAGGAUUAAGGGCGUGGGGGCCCGGAGGAGGCUUAGGGGCAGCCAGCCCCCCAGGUGUCUCAUUCUCUCCCAAGGCGAGUGACUCUCAGGCUUCACCCUAAAGGAUGGCAGGUCCACGGAAGGGGGCUUGUGGAGAGUGCUUGCUGAGUCCGCGCUUUAGUCCGGCAAAUGUAUCAGAACCAGUUGUCAAUGAACUGCUAGCUUGGUGUUGCCUAGGCUACCUGCCAACAUGCAGAAAUGAAAUGAGUUACAUGGGAUCCUUCGUGAUGCCCUUGGUGAUGCCCUUGGUAAUGCCCUUUAGACCCAGUAGACCCAACUUGGCCCCCUUUUUUUACUUGUAAAUGUUUGUUAUAAACACAGUAUCCAUUCUUUUUUUGGGAAUGGGGUAGGCGUUUUGUUUGCUGUGUUAGCACCUGUAAGUUUUAAGCAUCGGAGGGUAUUGAAGAUGAGUAUUUAAUAGGUGCAGGUGGGUGCCCAGAACUGCUUGGUGUUAGGGUCCCCAGUGGACGAGAUGGUGCUCUGGGCUUUAGAGUUUCUGCUUGGAGAAGCUGAGCGAGGAAGCAAAAAAAAAAAAAAAAAAAAUCCUUAGUUUUAAUCUGAUCAGCCAUUGGAUGUUAGGUACAUGUUAUAGUGUGUUUUGUUUACUCAAGAAUGAAGUAGAGAUGUUUUUAAAACUGUCUUUUAUGGAUAGCUGGGUUAGGUGACCCACACCUUAGGGGAGAACUACAUUUUCUCGGGACAAAUAAUAAAUUUUACAAUAUAUUGCCAAUUAAGGUUUCAGUCUCUGGGCCAUUGAACAUGGCGGGAUUGAGAUCUGGCGUGUGGAGCAGAAGUCUGGCGUCCAUGUCAGCGGGUCCCACGGAGCAGGUGCCGGGCGGACUGAACCCACACUGGGGCCGGCAGCCUGCGUCCGGACGGCCGCUCCCGUGGGAAGGACAGGCACGGGCAUUCUUGUGUGCGCUCAGUCAGGACAGAUUUUACCCUGUCCCUCUCACGGCUCCACUGGGAUCCGGCACACCGCACCGGGCAUUCUGUCCUUUCCAGUUCGCUGUUACGCACACUGAUGCAAGCAUAUUGGUACAAGGGAAGUGAGCCCCUUUUCUACCAUUUAGAAAAAAAUCUGUUUGGAAAGUGAACUCAGUGAAAUUGGUCUGCACGUUAUAAAAUAUGUUCUGUUUCUAGGCUUGGUUAGGCUGGUGGUACGGGACGGUCAGUCGCCGCCGCGGCAGCCCAGCACCGCUCACGGUUCCCGCGGCCGACUGGUGGCAGGAACCUGCACGGCUGGCGUCGCAGUCGUUUAUGGAUGAAACUCAGCUCUUAAAAUAUUUUAGGAGUUUGGCUUAGAGCUCCCUCUUUUCUCCUCACAUAGCCUCUCUUUUCUUCUCUCUCUCUCUUUAAUUCUCCUCAGCUCCAUUUCCUGCCACCACCAUUAAUACCAUGUAACAUAAGCCACCUGUUACUGAUUCAGGCCCGUCUUAGACUAAAUGACUAGUUGCUGUGGAUGCAUUGGGCCUCUUAAUUAAUGCAGAAGAGAAAUGAGAAGUAGUCUUCCCUCCUAGCUAAUUUAGCUUUGGGUGAACUAAAUGGCUUUUCCUCUCUUUUCCUCCCAACGGCCUUUUAAGCAGUAGAGUAUGUUAAGUAUUGCACUUGAUUCCUUCUGCUGAAGGCUUAUUUGCUGCCAAAGGCCCACUCGGGAGCCCUCUUCCAGAAUGCUCUGAGACUAAAUUUGGCCAGACGCAGGGUUCCUUGAUUGCUCUAUUCAACUGCUAGGGAGUCUGUAUUUUGCCCUCUUAAUACUAAUUUCCUUUUUUCCAAUUCUCUCUUUUUUUUUUUUUUUUUGCAUUCGCAUUUGAGGGCCUGGCUCCAAGUUCAGCUAACCGUUAACACCCUGGCAGAUUAAGGAAAGAAAAAGGAGUGAAGCUUCUCUAGGAUUCAGCAAGCCUUGCCUGUAAAGAGCCAGAUAGGAAGCCCUUGCAGCUUUGCAGGCAAUUUUUUGUCGCCGCCGCUUUAGGAACGGGCACGCUGUAUUCCGUCACCACUUGAUGUACAAAAACAGCUGCGGGCUAGACUUGGCUCCCCCGCCGGAGUUUGCCCACCGCUGCUCUAGUGGCUUGUGCUGGUGGCCAGGCCAGUUCCCCUCUCUGCAAGCAUGCAGAUGAGCCCUGUCAGAGCUGCGCGCGGCCACUAGAGAGAUGUUCUCUAGGUGAGUGCACUGCGCUCCGGUCCAUGCACAUCUGUGGCCAGGGUUUCCAGCACACAGCGUUCCUGUGUGGUGUGGGUGCUGGCUGACUGUCCUUCACUGCACUGACUUGUGGUCAGUGCUCGUAGCCGGUGAUGGGCUCGGCCGCCCAGAACACCCUUCCCAACCGCAGGACCUCCCCCCGCCCCCAGCUGCCGGGCAAGCUGCUGGCUUAGCAUCCUCAGCUGUUGGCUCAUGUCAUAGAGAGCUGUCCUCCAGGAAAAGCCCUGCCUCAGACAAAGUCCUGCCCCCUUGCUGGAGCAGCCAGCCCCCACCUCCUUCCCUUCUCUGUCCUUCUCUUCCAUUUCCAGGUGGCCAUCCCAAGAACACUCCCCCACACACUUCCUCCACGCGAACUCCAUCUCCUCUGGGGACCCAGCCCGCUACAGCCCCUCUGUACUUUUUGAGUACGACACACUUGAGCCGGGACUGAGGGAACCGUGUUCUAACUAUUCAGAAGAAAGACAGGUUGUGCCUAUAUGGUAUCAGGCAUGAUAGAUGCAGACUAGGUAGAUUUCCUAUUUAUUCUGAAUGUGAAUUUGCCAUUUAUUCUAAGUGUUGAUUUUAUGUGAAAGGAUAUUGAACCUAGUGCCAAAUAAAAGUUUGAAUUAUGU